AUGUUCCCAGGCGGUGAAGACUGUCAGAACUACAGUCUGAACGCCGUGGUCCUGGAGAACCAGCCGCCGGGGACGUUCGUCCUGCGCGUCCAGGCCCACGACGCCGACAUGGGCGUCAACGGAGAGGUCAAAUACGGCAUCAUGCACAGAGACGGAGUGUCGUCCGGGUUCGACAUCGAUCCUGACACCGGUGUGAUCGCCUCAACAGUGAGUUUCGACCGGGAGCGCCAGAGGGAGUACACGCUGUCGGUGACGGCCACGGACCGGGCCGAGGAGCCGCUCAUCGGGAUCUGUCAGAUCACCGUCGUCAUCGGCGACCAGAACGACAACGACCCUAAGUUUGAAAACAGCCGCUACCAUUAUAAGACGUUCCUCAGUGAGGAUGCCGGUCCAGACACGCUGGUCGCCAUCGUCCACGCCAACGACCCCGACGGAGACGCCGUCUCUUACGCCAUCACCGGCGGCAACGAGGACAGCAACUUCCAGCUGGACAACCAGAAGGGUGAGACAACAUGGCCGUGA